AUGGAGCACCAGGAUACGUUUCGAGAAAGCCUUUUCAAGACAUAUGAAGACAACAAGAGAGUUCUGAUCCCUAAAGAAGAGUAUGGCACAAUUAUCAGUGAACUGCUGCAAGCUGCUAGUGUCUCCAAGAAGACUUCGCACCAAUACUACCUUCUUAAGAAGUAUAAAGUUCUUCAGUGUGGUGACAGUGAAAGGCUGAUAAGACGACGUGUGCACGCAGAUGAAGCUCCUCUGUACUUUGUGUCAAUUGAAGAGACGUUUGAUGUGGUUAAACGUGCCCACAUUGCAACUGGUCAUGGUGGUCGAGACAAGAUGGUGUACGAGUUGACCAAGAAAUACGCCAACAUCACAAUAGAAGCACUGAACCUCUUCAAGUCCCUGUGUCUGGAGUACCAGAAAAAGAGAAAGAGACCGACUACAAAAGGAAUAGUCGUCAAGCCGAUAAUCUCCAAAGACUUCAACUCCAGAGCCCAGGUCGAUCUAAUCGACAUGCAGUCAAUGAGCCAAGGACAGUUUAAAUGGAUCAUGGUCUAUCAAGAUCACCUCACGAAGUUCUGUGUUUUGCGCCCCUUGACAUCGAAACGUGCCGCUGAGGUUGCAUUUCAACUGCUAGACAUAUUUCUCCUACUUGGUGCUCCUUGCGUGCUGCAAAGUGACAAUUUGUUCAGAAUUUACUAA